UUAAUCUGUUAAAUCAAAUAUCUUCUUUAAUUUUCCAGAACCUACACGGUGUAGCCAGUGUUUUUAUUAGGGAGUGAGUAUCAUUCAUAAGCUCCUCCUCCCCCCCUUAAAUUUCCUGAUGUUGCAAAGCUGGUGAAAUGUCCAGGAAUUGGUUUUAAAUCACAAACAAGAGGUCGAAUAGAAGGUGCUAUAUUGCUACAUGGAAUCUGAAAAGUUCAGUGUAGACAAAGUGAUGAUCGAUUGUAAAGAUACAAUGUUGCUGAUGAGACACAUUCCUAAUGUUGACAUGUAGGCAGUGAUUUUCUCAUUAUGUUGACACACAUGGCUAUCAAUAGAGGUUGUACUACUAGCUAGUGCCAGGUGCAUCAGCUUACCAAAGCAUACAGGAAGCACACAGACAAGUCUCAGUUUGAGAGAGUGGGCUAUAAUCUUGGGAGAUGACAGAUGGACACACUGGGAAGAUUGGAGCCUGUGACCCUGCAGUCUAAAGACAACAUGGAGCAAGGCUUCAGCUUCAGCACACUGAAGAAGCUGGCGGCUGAGCCAGAUCACACAGACGUGAGCCUGACGGCGGCAGAGCGUGUGCGGACCCUCAGCAAGAUGGGCUGCAGCAUCGAGAUCAACGAGGAGAUCACGCCACGCCACUACUUCCGCUCCGGCGUGGAGAUGGAGCGCAUGGCUGCCGUGUACCUGGAGGAGGGCAGCCUGGAGAACGCCUACGUCCUCUACAACAAGUUCAUCACUCUGUUUGUAGAGAAACUCCCCAGCCAUCGAGACUACCAGCAGUGCAGUGUGCCUGAGAAACAGGUGAUAAUAAAGAAGUUGCAAGAUGUCGCAUUUCCGCGGAAAGAUCAAUUGAAGAAGCUCCUCCACGAAAAGUACAACAAGGAACAUACAGAGUAUCUCAAUAGUCAGAGCCAGGCGGUGGUGGCAGAUGGCUGCGGCCAGCAGCUGCAGAGGAUGUCUCUGGUUGAGCAGGAGAGGCAGAGGGUGGCACAGCUGCGCAGGAUGCAGAUUGAGUCGGAGCAGUUCCGCUACUUCGAGGACCAACUGCGCAGACAGGAGCUGGCCAAUCGCAGAGACGAGGCGGUCGCUAAAGUGCCUGAACAAACGGACGGGUCCUGCCUGUCUCACUCCUCCAAGAACCAUGUUCGUCUCGACCCAAACCGCAAUAAACAGCCUCUCCCCAGCAGCAAGCCAGCAGCUAAACUGGCUGGCGUACAUAAUCAACGGGUUGAGGGCCUGAGGCGGGUGAUCAUUCCUAGAGACCUGACCUACAGGUUUCUACUGCUAGCCGACAGUAACACAGCCAGGGGUAUAGAGACAUGUGGGGUCCUCUGUGGAAAACUGACUCAAAACGAGUUCAUGCUGACCCAUGUGGUGGUGCCCAAACAGUCAGCGGGCCCAGACUACUGUGAUAUGGAGAACGUGGAGGAGCUCUUUAGUUUCCAGGACCACAACAACCUACUGACUCUGGGCUGGAUCCAUACCCACCCCACCCAGACGGCCUUCCUGUCCAGUGUUGACCUGCAUACACACGGCUCCUACCAGCUCAUGCUGCCUGAAGCCAUCGCCAUCGUCUGCUCGCCCAAACACAACGAUACGGGGGUGUUCAGACUCACCAGCUCUGGGAUGGGGGAGGUCGCCGCCUGCAGGCUGAAGGGCUUUCACCCACACUCCAAGGACCCGCCGCUCUUUAGCAUCUGUAGGCAUGUUGUUAUAAAGGACUGGAAAACAACAGUGCUGGACCUCAGGUGACAGCGAGGGAAAGACACCCACAACCCUCCCCCUCCUCCCCAUCACAAACUGGAACUCCUAUUUAUAUCUUUGUUUACAAUGAAGGCUUUUGUAUUUAUUUAUUUAUUUGAAAUGAGGUACUGUGAAUUGAAACUGCUUUGCAACACAGAAUGAUGUGAGCUAUGGAGUUGUUCUAAUGGUGUUGUUUUAUCAACCCUUUAUUUAAGUUGUGGAUUUUUUGGGGGGGGCUUUUUGAUAGCUUGGCUUGUCAGUUUUGGCAGAGGGGAGUUUUUGAGCCAGAUAGUCUUUCUGCUUGUCAGAUUUUAUGUGAAAUUCUUCAGAGCUAACUAUUUUAGCACGCAGGCCUACUGUAAAUGGCCUUAGGUGUUUCAGUGUGAGAACAACUGCCUGAGAAUAAAGUGUGUCUGCGAGCGGG